AUGCUGAAUCUCCAACACACCUCCGACUGGACCAGUUCUGAGACCUGGUACCAUCAGAACAACACCAUCACACAGCAUGGGACAGAUGGCUGUGUGGAGGAGGUGAACUGGGGGACGGGGGGAGGACUAAGACGAGGAGGAGACAGGAGGAAGCAGGGAGAUGGGGACGACACGAAUGAGGCUCAGCUUCACCUCCACCUGAAGAGGAAACUGCAGAGGAACCGUACUAGCUUCAGCCAGGAGCAGAUCGAUGCUCUGGAGAAAGAGUUUGAGAGGACUCAUUAUCCUGACAUCUUCGCUCGAGAAAGACUGGCCUCAAAAAUCAACCUUCCUGAAGCUCGCAUCCAGGUGUGGUUCUCCAAUCGGAGAGCUAAGUGGAGGAGGGAGGAAAAGCUGCGCAACCAGAAGAGACUGGGGGGCGGGACUUCCUGUUCUCAAACUCACACACCACUGAGCACAUCCUUCAACCCACCUGUCUAUCAUCCUUACCAUGGCAACGCCUCCGCCUCUCCACACUCAGACUCCGUGUUCAGCUCUCUGUCUGCCUUCUCUCUGCAGUCUUCGUCCUCCUAUUCUGCCAUGCUGUCUCCGCCCCCUUCCACUCCAACUGAUCUACCUCAUAAAUAUGAUCCCGCCUCCUACUCCGCCCCCCACCCGCCUCCUCCGACAGCUGUCACGAACACAGGUUUUCUUACCGCCAUGUCGCUCUCAGGGGUUCAGGCUGGAGAUCAGGACCUGAGUUUGGGUCAGUACUGGUCCAGACUGCAGUGA